ACGUGACGCGCGCCGGCGCGCGCUGUUUCCGGAAGUCGCCGCCGUGGUCUUCCCCGCCGCUGCCUCCGCUGCUGUUGCGGUCCCCGCGGAACUUUGCGAGUAGAACGGCUGAGGCGGGCCCGGGCGGGGCCGGGGUUCAGGCCACUCUGCAGAAUGGAGAUAAUCAGGAGCAAUUUUAAGAGUAAUCUUCACAAAGUGUACCAGGCCAUAGAGGAGGCCGACUUCUUCGCCAUCGAUGGGGAGUUUUCAGGGAUCAGUGAUGGACCUUCAGUAACUGCAUUGACAAAUGGUUUUGACACUCCAGAAGAAAGGUAUCAGAAGCUUAAAAAGCAUUCCAUGGACUUUUUGCUGUUUCAGUUUGGCCUUUGCACGUUUAAGUAUGACCACACAGAUUCAAAGUAUAUAACAAAGUCAUUCAACUUCUAUGUGUUCCCAAAACCCUUCAAUAGAUCCUCACCAGAUGUCAAGUUUGUUUGUCAGAGUUCAAGCAUUGACUUUCUAGCAAGCCAAGGAUUUGAUUUUAAUAAAGUUUUCCGCAAUGGAAUUCCGUAUUUAAAUCAGGAAGAAGAAAGGCAGUUAAGAGAGCAGUAUGAUGAAAAACGUCUGCAGUCCAAUGGCGCAGGAGCGCUGUCUUACGUAUCUCCAAACACUUCCAAAUGUCCUGUGACAAUUCCUGAGGACCAGAAGAAGUUCAUCGACCAAGUGGUAGAGAAAAUAGAAGAUUUACUACAAAGUGAAGAAAACAAGAACUUGGAUUUAGAGCCAUGUACUGGGUUCCAAAGGAAACUGAUUUAUCAGACUUUGAGCUGGAAGUAUCCCAAAGGCAUCCACGUUGACACUUUAGAAACUGAAAAGAAAGAGCGCUACAUCGUCAUCAGCAAAGUAGAUGAAGAGGAGCGUAAGAGGAGGGAGCAGCAGAAACUCGCUAAGGAACAGGAAGAACUGAAUGAUGCUGUGGGGUUUUCUAGAGUCAUCCACGCCAUUGCCAAUUCGGGAAAGCUCGUUAUCGGACACAACAUGCUCUUGGAUGUCAUGCACACAGUUCAUCAGUUCUACUGCCCUCUGCCUGCGGACCUAAAUGAAUUUAAGGAGAUGACAACGUGUGUUUUCCCUAGACUCUUGGAUACAAAAUUGAUGGCCAGCACACAACCUUUUAAGGAUAUCAUUAACAACACAUCUCUCGCAGAAUUGGAAAAGCGGUUAAAAGAGACGCCUUUCAACCCUCCUAAAGUUGAAAGUGCGGAAGGUUUCCCAAGCUACGACACAGCUACGGAGCAGCUCCACGAGGCCGGCUAUGAUGCUUAUAUCACAGGGCUGUGCUUCAUCUCCAUGGCGAACUACCUAGGUUCUUUUCUUAGCCCUCCAAAAAUUCAUGUGUCUGCCAGAUCAAAACUCAUUGAACCUUUUUUUAACAAGUUAUUUCUUAUGAGAGUCAUGGAUAUCCCCUAUCUAAACUUGGAAGGCCCAGACUUGCAACCGAAACGGGAUCAUGUUCUCCAUGUGACCUUCCCCAAAGAGUGGAAAACCAGCGACCUUUACCAACUUUUCAGUGCCUUUGGUAACAUUCAGAUAUCCUGGAUCGAUGACACAUCAGCCUUUGUUUCUCUCAGCCAGCCCGAACAAGUACAGAUUGAAUAUAAGUCUCAUGAAAGUUCCCCGGAGCCUAGAACAGCACCCGACACACUAAGCAUGCAGAGAUUUACUGAAUGAGUGCGUAUAUGCUGGACACUGGCCUAGCCGCUGAGGCUACAGGGGUGAGCGACACUUGCCCCAACCUCACGGAGUUUUUUUGGUCCAGUGGGAGAGGAGAAAUUAAAUUAGUCAAAGUGUGGAAAGUGCUGUAUGAGAGAGCAGAGCAGGAGACCCAGAGCUACUCCAGGGUACUCAGGGUGGGCUUCUCUGAGAAAUAGAAUUUCGAGCUCAACAGUGAAGGAACAGUUGAGUACGAGGUUUGUGACUUUGGGGAGGGGUGUUCUAGAAAGACAGAGCACCUUUUUCAAAGGCUCAGUGGCCAGAGAGAGCAAGGCUGCCAUGUUCAGUUCAACGGAAUGAGAAGGCGGCGAGGGAAGCCGGAGCACGGGAGGGCGCUGGAGAGGGGAGCGGUCCGCUGGGCAGGGCCACACCAAGCGGUGCCUUGAGGCCAAACUAUUGGUUUUGCUCGUUCUGAACAACCUCAAACAGGUAUCAGUCACAGCCGUGUAAGUUGGGUCAUAACUUAGACCGUAGGGUCUAUCACAAGGUGUGUAGUAAAUAUAGGAUUUUAUAGGACAUCCCGCACUGAAUUAUAAUGAUUAAUGACAGAAUCCAUUCUAGAAUCUUUGCUCUAGAAUUUUUACCCACCUGUAGCACAUCAGGGACGCCCCAUUCCCAGUAUCUGCUUUGUCCCAGGCCUCGGACGAUCAGUGAAGAUGAUUGAGGGGACGACUAGUGACCGCUCAGCACAGGCCUGGCCCCGCUGAAGGGUCGCUCUUACCUACAGAGUGGGAGACAAAAUUAUUUGUCUUACUGGGUUUUGUACACAGUUAAUGGCUUUUAAAUUUAUGCGUUCCAAAAGGAAAAAAGAAAAUCGCUUUUUUUUUUUAAGACCCUGAAGGUUUUUCAGGAUUAGUUUUUAGAUGCAUUUAACCCUUCGGGUCCAUGGAUCUCAACUUGAAUCUGUUAAAUGUAGUAACUACAGUGGCAGAGAAGAGCCAAGAAGUCUCGAUCUCAUCUUUGUUUUGAUUUCAGUGCAUUGAUUCAAGCUGAUGUUACGUGUGAUGUGUUUAUUAGCUGCCCUCUCUGACUAAUGUAUUUCAUCUGCUGCUAGACCAGAAAUUUUAUUUUUUUUUAAUGGACUAUCAAAUAGUAUGUGGCUUGGGAUUUUUUUCAGCAACGGGAAUAUAUUUGUAUUAAUGUGACUGGACUCUCUUUCCCUCCUCCUUUGUGAACAACAGCAUUCAUUUCUGAGCAGGGUGUUAGGAGUAUAGACCACAUUGCUAGAACAGGCCAAGCUAUCUCAUCCUUGACCUUUAAAAGAUAGUAGGACCUUGGACUUAUCACCCGGUUAACUCAUGGAGAUAAGCAAGCUCUGUGCUUAUUGCCUGAGAGCUGCAGUGAAUAUUUAAAUUUUUUGUUAAACUAAGGGAAGACCAUUGUAGAGUUUAAAGGAAAUUCUUGUAUAGAUUGGGGGAUAAAAUAAGAGUAAGAACCUGUGAUCUGAUUUUUGACCUGGGCGGUGAUCCAGAAACUACCUUUAUUGCGCAACCUCCCAAUUGGGUGGAGUUCAGAACUUUUGAAAUUGACGAAUAGACUUUUUUUCCUUUGCGGUACAGUUCUUUUCUACCUCAUCUGCCCUGUGUAUAGAUUUAUUUUCUUCUCUCGGCUUUCCUUCUUCCUGGUUUAUCAUAACAGACAAGCAAGCUUGGCUAGAUGAUAAGCAUUGUCUGCCUAGUUAAGUCUCAGAGGGAGGGGUGGUAACUGCGGGGUAUGCUGUGGUCCUUCUCUGGGAUGGUCCUUGGAGACCCAGGGCUUCAAAUGCAGUGGUGACCUCCUGUGGUCUUUGGAAAAGCAGAAUGAUAGAUUAAGAAACCUUAAACAUAUACAAUGUUAUAUGUCAAUUACAUCAAUAAAACCAGAAGGGGGAGAAAAAGGAUCUAUUAAAAAAAAAAAAAGAAAGAAAGAAAGAAAGGAACUAAGUCCAACAGGUUUGGGUUUCCUCCUUUGUCAUUUUAACUAAGCCGUAUUUGCUUGCCUUGAUCAUCUUUUUUCCUCUUCUUCAUAUCAUACAGAUUAAUCUUUCUUCUUGUGCUUUUAAAAAGUGAAUGUCCAUAAAUCCCUACUUCAUUUGUGGUUCUACACAGGGACUUAAUUAUCCCUAAGUAGAUAGUUUUCCCAGCCUUCAUUUUCUUCUAGAAUUUGUGAAAAUGAUAGAAACACAAUUGGCUAUGGUAUAUGUAUUAAGAGUUUCCCUGGGUGACAUUUUAUAGUUUUAGGAGAAUAUCUGUUUUUCUGCAGUUUUUGUUGAAAUUUGUUUGGUGAAACCCAUUAUUACCCCCAGUUUGGAAAUGGCCCUGACCUUUUCUUUUCCUCACAAAUUAACAUAUCCCCAGCCCUCUGCUGCUGCUUCUCUGCUCUAGGGAAGAGUCUUAGGCAUCAGAGAUGGUUGAAAUGUCCUGUGGCAGCACCAAGUAGGCUAAAUUAGAAAUCAUUGAAUUUCUGGGAAUCUCCUCUGAAAAGAAAUGUUUCUACCAGUUUUUCUUGUCAUUGUUUUGUUGGGGUGUUUCUGUUACUUUAUUGGCUCUGGAUGAGGACUUAGACUUUUCAGCUGAAAGAAAAUUCAAGAAUAUAUUAGUGUGAUUAGUUGUGUGUCUUAACUCUGGAGAGUAGUGAAGCCCAUUUCUUAGGGGGUCAGAAGUAACAAGGACGCUUAACCAUAUUCUUCCUUACUACAGAAAUUCACUGGCAGAAUCUCUAUUCCUUCAGGAAUAGAAAAAUACAUAUACCCCUGCCAAGGGUUAAAAAAGCCACUUUUUCAUGUGAAACCGGUUUCUGCCUGAAACGCUAGUAGCUUCUGUAGGCUUUUUUGUUUGUUUGCUCUAGCUGUAAGAUUCUCUGUAUUUUUUU